AUGAGUCGUUCCCGGCAAACCUGCCCCCCGUUCCUCGCAGACCCCAGCUGCCCCCUGUUCCCCGCGACCCCCCCUAACACCUGGGGUUCCAGCGGCGUGUCUUACAGCGACGAUAACGACAAUGCGGACCAUGGAUACAACGAUUAUCACGAGUACAGCGAUUAUCAUGGGUACAACGAUUAUCAAGGGUACAUCGAUUAUCAUGAGUACGACGAUCAUCAUGAAGACGAAGAUCAUCAUGAGCACGAAGAUUAUUAUGAGUACGACGAGGAUUAUGAGCCCCCGGCUUCAAUUUAUGCGGGUUCAAUGCCCCCCUUGGAGUCUGAAUCCGCUGCAUCGGGAGAUGAUGUGGACAUGGACAUCCACGGUGACGAUGAGUACGUGAACGACUCCGACGAUGGCCCAAACGACUCCGACUUUGACUACUACCGGUCUGAUGACGAGUCGGACUCCGACCCUCGUUCCAAUGAGUACUUCUAUGGAACGGUCGACUUCAACGAGGAGCCUGACGUGGAUAACUGGGAGGAGGAGACUGAGCCAGUAGUUCAACAGCCUGUGACGGUAGCUCAACAGCCUGUGGCUUCUUCGAGUGCACAAGCCCAUCAGGCUCGCCGAUUCGAGUUGGUGCACCGAUCAGCUCCUGGCCAUGAAGUAUGUCGCCGAUGCCCCCUUUCGAUUGGACUUAAGGCGCAGUCAGUUCUAACUUGCAUACAGUCUGCUCGCAAGUGA